GCAGCGGAACGCCUCCUCCAGGCGCAAGUAGCCCAGAAAAUAGCGGAUCGUGUUUUUAUUCUCCGCUUUACCGCGUUACCGUCCGCUUCCAUCUUCAGUCACUACGCGGGUGAACGCGUCCCGGCCCCCGUUAUAAAAUGCUCCCGAUGCGGAUCCGAAGCCGGCUGUGAGACCGUCUGAAGCGGGACCGAGUGAAAAUGCCUCCCCGGAGCGCUGAACCUGUUCCACCCCGCACACAAAGCCUGUGAAGCAGGCCCCGGUUGUUGUUUUCCCCCCCUCACGCCGAUGAUGCUCAAACAUGUCGGGGAAUCAGUACAAAGGCAACGAAGUCAGCUGCUGCAUCAAAUACUUCAUUUUCGGAUUCAACAUCCUGUUCUGGCUGCUGGGCAUGGCCUUGGUUGGAAUCGGACUGUGGGCAUGGAGUGAGAAGGGGGUUCUGUCCAACAUCUCGUCCAUCACGGACCUGGGGGGGCUGGACCCAGUCUGGCUCUUCGUGGUGGUCGGGGGGGUCAUGUUCAUUCUGGGCUUUGCGGGAUGCAUCGGAGCGCUGCGGGAAAACACCUUUCUACUCAAGUUUUUCUCAGUGUUUCUGGGAAUUAUCUUCUUCUUGGAGCUGACAACGGGAGUCCUGGCGUUCGUCUUUAAGGACUGGAUUAAAGACCAGCUCAACCUGUUCAUCAACAAUAACAUCCGGGCGUACCGCGACGACAUCGAUCUGCAGAACCUCAUCGACUUCACUCAGGAAUACUGGGAUUGCUGUGGUGCGUUUGGAGCAGACGACUGGAACCUGAACAUCUACUUUAACUGCACCGAUGCCAAUCCCAGUCGGGAGAAGUGCGGCGUUCCCUUCUCCUGCUGCACCAAGGACCCGGCGGAGGAUGUAAUCAACACUCAGUGUGGAUACGACAUCCGAGCUAAACCAGACUCGGAGCAGAAGGACUACAUCAACGUGAAGGGCUGCGUGCCGCAGUUUGAGAAGUGGCUGCAGGACAACCUCACCCUGGUGGCCGGGAUCUUCAUUGGAGUGGCACUGCUGCAGAUUUUUGGGAUUUGUCUGGCCCAAAACCUAGUGAGUGACAUCGAAGCUGUGCGGGCGAGCUGGGUGCCCCCCCCUCCCUCCGCCUGUCGACUCCCACCUCACUGCAGCAAGAAAGCAUCGGCUUACUACUCAUGAGACACGCACACGCACACACACGCUGUAUGUGUGUUUUGUAGCCGUUUCUUUACCUGAUGCUGACACAGCAUUUCAAUUCUGAAAACAGCUCGAGGUCUUUGACGAGCCUCCUCUAACACAUCGCCUGGGGAGCUUUCAGAGGACCUCGCCUGUCGCCUGUCGCCUGUCACCUGCACCGUUUUUGUUCACCGAACCAGCACCUUUUUCCCCCCAAGGCACUACUACGUGAAACGCUCUGUACAUAACACUGUGUGAGGGUUAAACAUGCACUGCAUACAGGUCGCUCAGUUUUGAUAGCGGCGCUUAGAGAGUAGGAGUUUUGAUACAUCUUUUUGAUAAUAGAUCGGUAUUUUUCACUGUGGAAAUGACACUCCACUGCUAAACCCAUCAUGUAGGACUGUGACAUAGUAGAAACCGAGGAUCAGCUCAUUUUAAAGUGCUUGCUUUGUGUAACUUUCCACCGCUCACUCUUUGGCUCUGGUGGGCCAAAGUUAUAAACUGAAGUUAUUACCGAGUUAUAAACUGAAAACAGGAUGUCGUUUUUUUUCUUUCUCAAAAUAACACUUUUUUUGGUGUGUAACAGCAGAUUUCAGGACUUUGUCAGCUACAUACACUCCCUUUUAACCAAUCACAAGAUUUAUUUCUGUUCACUGAAUUAUCUGCUUUAUCUACACACACAAACAGAAUUCUUGUUGCAUUAACAAUGAAUAUUCAUUUAUGUUCAGUGACAGUCAGACAGCAGUGUGCGUUCUGUCGUGGCAGCAGAGAGGAGCUUAACAUUAUCCAGAUACCAACUCAUCCAGCUUUGAGGAGAAAAUUAGCAUAAUGAGUCUUCUCAGCUCGUCUCUACAGUCAGAUUUCUGCAUAUGAAUGCAGAAUGUGAAGCCUUCUGGAUUCCGGUUGUAGUCCGAGCUGUAUUGACCAACCAUGUUUGAGCGGCCUUCGGUUGCAUGCAGGUAAACUGAAGGUAAAGAGCAGGACAACGAUUUAGCUUUUUAUUGUCUAAAAGUGUUAACUGGCGACUCGUGGAAAAUUCCGGUCAGAGACAUCAUCUCUCAAACAUAACUUUUUUUAAUUCAAUUUUAGACGAUUUUAUUGGAGGAAGGGUCUUAAAAGGCAGCUCGUGUUUAGAACACAAUUAAAAUGUAAACUUUGGCUUUUUUGAUAAUGGAUAUUUUCGCGUCUUAGUCUAUGUCAAUACAAUACAUUUAAUAACACAAUGCUGUCUGUAUGGUGUUGGUUGCUAUAAUUAAUUGCUAUAAUUAAUCGUGACGUGAACAAAUCCCUUCACAGUCCUCUCUGCAAGUUAAAAUACUUUCCAGAGUUCAAAGCUGAGCUAAUAUGAGGCUUUAAAGGACAAGUGUGUAACAUAUAAUAUUCAUAACUGUUGUCAUCAGUCUAUAAUCACCUAAAACUAAGAAUCGUGUUUUGGUUACCUUAAAAUUAGUCCUUCAUAUCUACGUAGAGAGCAGGCCCUCUUCAUGGAGUCGGGUUGUUCUGCCAUGUUUCUACAGAAGCCCAGAGCGGACAACCCAAACUUGGUUCUAGAGAGAGACUUUCAUGUUACCCGAAGGCACCGUAGUUCUACUACAGGUGUUGAAAGGGAGGAGUGAACAGGGGUUGUUAAAUUGGUUGCAAUAUGCAGCCUCACCACUAGAUGUCACUAAAUCCCACACACUGCUCCCUGAACAGUCAGUGUCUGGUUCCAGCACCUAAAAACAUCCCAACGCAAGAAACAUUUGCUAUUUGGCUAACAGACUUCUUAAGGAAUAUCGUUUUGACCAGUUUAGACAGGAGGAAUGGGCUUGAAAAGCAGCAUCCGUACCAAAAUCAGCACUAGCACAGGUAGCCCGGUCCGACUGUCACAUUAUAUGCCAUAAGAAGGCUAUUCUGACAGUCCUGAGAGUUUAAGUUAACCCCUUAAUUCACACCCUUUUAAACAUUUUGAAAAUGUGAAAUAAUAUGGCUAAUUUUGAAACAUGUAGAAGUACUGAUCCACGUGUGUAGUUGUAACCCACCGUCAUUUCAUUUGUUGGUUAUAACCGUGAUAAGAAGGUUAUAUUUCACUCACCAGGUUUCAUAGUUUGGUGGUCAGAUAACGAGGAUCCAGUCAUUUGUCUUGACUUCUUCAUAUUGUGAGAUGAGAACAUGUUCAGUAUUGUCUUAAACAUCUCUGCCCUUACUGGGAUAAAAAACCUGGCACAUGACUCCAGUGGUUGUCUUCACUAACUGUAUUUUGACACAUCUGAUCAGUAAACACACUGUUAAACGAAGGAAAUGGGAAGUGUUUAUUAUCAUCUGUUUCUGUUGAUGGUUUAAAGCGAUAUUCUGCUCGAUGCAUGCAUCACUUGUUUUGUUUUGCAAAGUAUUUGCAGUAUUUUUCCAGUAAAGUAUGUUCAGAUUGAUAUUGUGGAGCUUGUACACUGAACAUUUGAAAGUGUUAUGCUACUUAAAAAGGGAUCAGUAGUGUUUUUGAUACUGAAUAUUUAUUGUACAUUUGAUCAUAACUUCCCUGGUAGUUCUGCUUUUGGACAGCGAAACAUUCAUUACUGCUGAAGCAGAUUUGUGCCUCUGCAGACGGAGCUGAAUUGAGGAGUACUACAGUCCUUCCGUUUAGGCCUCUCACUCAUCACUACCUUCACCAUUUCUACAGAUGAGGUGAUCACAUGUUAUCCCACAAACACGGUCAUGUAACUACCUCCUCUAAUGUCCUUGUCUCAUGUCCUGUUGAAAUUGGACUGAUUUUAAUAUCAAUUAAAAUAAACUAAAGUGACAAAA